GAUUUAACAUAUGAAAUUGAAAUCCAAUCUAAUUCUGGCGCCAAGAUGUUAAUUUCCUUCUCCACCCGCGCUGCUCAUUCAUCGUCUAAACUUUCAGUUGGGCAUUUUAUCAAACACCUUCCAUGUCGUAAAUCAUCCAACCUCAAACUCAGCCUAAUUCCCGUCAGAAAAUCCACGCUCUCAUUCCCAUCGUCCUCCGCCGCUGCCUCUUCUUGUCCGGCCGCCUCCGCCGCCGUAGAAGCACCCCACUUCCAGACCUUGAGCUCUCACCAACAGACUCAAAUUCGCCUUUACAUCGACUCUCUUCUCCAAUGGAACCAGAAAAUGAAUCUCACGGCCGUGAAGGAGAAAAAUGAGAUCAUGGAAAGGCACGUCGAGGACUCUCUGGCCAUCUUGAAUCCAGUUCGCGAGGCGUAUUUGUCUCGUUGUGGAGAUUCUUUUGAAAAACUGAACGUUGUUGAUGUUGGGAGUGGGGCAGGGCUUCCUGGGUUGAUUCUAGCCAUUGCUUGCCCAGGUUGGGAGGUGACUCUAUUGGAGUCCAUGAACAAGCGCUGCAUCUUCCUGGAGCAUGCGGUUGACCUCAUCGGCCUCCAGAAUGUGCGAAUUGUUCGAGAUCGAGCUGAGAAUGUAGGGCAUGAUAUUGACUUCAGAGAGAGCUUUGACAUUGCAGUUGCGAGAGCAGUAGCAGAAAUGAGAAUUCUUGCUGAAUACUGUCUCCCUUUAGUCCGAGUUGGUGGUCUGUUUGUGGCAGCAAAGGGUCAUGAUCCUCAGGAAGAAGUUACCAAAGCUGAAAGAGCUAUUCAUCUGAUGGGUGCUUCUCUCCUGAAAACAUGCUUUGGUAUGCAUCGUUUUGUCCACUUUCUGGCUUAUUCUUCAUCACGAUUAACAACCACAACCAGUGGAAUCACACAGCAAAUAUGGACAAAGAACGGCCAUUGUAUGCCUAAAAGACGGUUCUACCCCAAGAAAAUAUCCCCGUUCUCCAGGUACUCCAUCAAAGCUGCCUUUAUGAAGAAGAUGUCUGGCUAUAUUGCAUUGUUUAGUUCAUCUUUUGUAUCAUGCUGUGAUACACCUUUUAUAUUAACAAUUAGAAUUGUCCUCUGCCGAUUUGAGUAAUUAGCUCCACCUAGUCGGCUACGUUGGCGCUGACAUGUUGAUCCGAUCGGGUUUCAUGUAGUGUGUAAAGUUAGAUUUUGAAGACCAGUAAAUCACUAAUUAUUAAAAAAAUCAACUAAUAGCAAUUACGGAAAGUUAAGCUGGUGUUUGGAUACAAAUUUAUCCAAUUUAUACUUAUAUAAUAAGGUGUACCAUUUACGAAAUUUAGUAAGUUGAAAAGUCAAUGCAAUAAAUGCAUUACUAUUUUGAGCAACAUAAUAUAAUAUCAUAUCUAUACUUAUAUAAAAGGAGAUUCUAUUUACUACAUUUACUAUCCAGAAAAGUCAACUGCAUUAAAUGUCAUUACUAUUUU